UUUUUCUCUCGCAAAAGUGUCCCUAAUUCCUCAGCAAAAUUUCCUAGAUUCUUCCCUUUCUCUAUCUUUGUGUCUAUAGAGUGCAUCAGUUAAUUUUUUUCUCUCUCUAUGUUGUUCUGUAGUAGUAAUUUUUUUUCUCUCUCUAGCCCCCCAUUAUUCUUACAAAAUUUCACAAACACCCACGAAUCUUUCUCUUUCUCUCUCUGUACUGCUAAAAAAUAAACACUACCCAUUUUCUGCUCUGUUCAGCUCGUAUAACUGGUUGUCUCAAUUUCUGCAAAAAUAAAACACAGAGUAAAACAGCACUAAUACACAAAUGCACAUGCUCUUCUCUGUGUGAGUGUAUUUGUGUUUGUGAGGUGAGAGGCAACUUCUAUCGUUUUCUUGAAAGAACCCCUCGUGAAGUUCAUGUGAAAGUAUGGUUAGAUUAAAAAGAGAUCUGAGAAAAAGUAAAGGCAAAAAAUAAAAACUUUUUAUGAUAGUAACGGGUCACUUGCUUGCUUAGUCAUUGCAACUAAGUUCCCUCUUGAUUCAGGUAUUUUUUUCAAGAAGAAAAGUGGGCUGCUUUGCGACUGUUGGUGUCUGUGAGUUUGAGUUAAAUGUGGAGAGUUUCUUGAUUUUAGGUGUAAAGGUGGAACCUUUAUGCUCUAAUUGAGAUGGGUUUUUGUUAUUCCUUUGUUUUCUUUGUUGGGUAGUAAGAAAGAGUGGCAACUGGCUAUGGGUUUGUGGAGGUUUUGGAUUUUUAAUGGCUAAUGAUUUGGUUUAAGAUUUUUCUGCUUUGGAGUUUUAGCUGUCACUGGACGUGAGAUUGGUUAACUAGGAACGUGUAUAAUAAUUAACAGGCUUAUUUGGUGGUUUUGGAAGGUAAAUCUUUGUGAUUUGGUCAUUAUUACUGGUAAAUUGGAAGCCUUUUUAAGUUGGACAUUUCCAUAUUUGAGAAGAUUUGGGACAAAUUUGGAGAGAAUGAUGCAUUUGUGGAUGUCUAACCAUAAUUCAAGAAUAUUUCCGUUUUUGGAACAAUUUAUGUACUGAUCAUGACCAGGGCUGUCCGUGACCGGAUACUUAAGGAUGCAAAUGGAAACAUUAGUGAUCAUUUACGAAAUCACAUACAUUUAACAAAUUGUAUUCAUUUGAAGAACCACAUGCAUAAGCAAAGCCCAAUCUUGAAUGAUAGGUCUCUUAUGAGGGACCUUGUUGUCCUUCAAAGGUCAAGGUCCUUAAGGGAUCCUUCUGCAAGUCCUCCCUCGUGGCAUUCGCCUUCAGUUGCGGAUGUCCUUCUCAAAAGAAGCGAAGGGGAUGCUUUUGUGAGCAAUGGUAGGCGGUCUGUAGGCAUAGAUCGGCCUAGAGAUGGUAGAGGUUUAUCUGGAAACUCACCUCCUUUAGCUGGCCGAUCGUCGUCUAGAGUGGCUUCUGCAGAGAUUAACAGGCAUAAUACAGAGCGACUGGCAGGGGCUCCAAGUGAACGAAGUAGCAAGAGUGGAGUUCGAGAAAGGAGGAGAGUUAGGAGAGACGAAUCAAGCCGCAGGAAUCUUGGAACCGACUUCAUUGCUGAAAAGGAUGAGCGUCCCGAUGAUGGAAAUGAUUUGGUAUCUGCACUAAGAGAUAGAAUUAGCAAUGAAACAGAGAGGCAGAGGCUUGAUGAUCGAAUAAGGACCCUCUCUGAGCAAUUAAAUGAUGUUCCAAUGGACAGUGAUGAGGUAGCUUCUUCUCACAUUCAUGCUCGUGGAAGGAAUGCUCAUAAUGAGAAAAUUGCAGAGCAAACAGAGGCAACCACUAGUGGGAAUGUCAGAGGAAAACGGCGUAAGUUUCGUGGGGCAAGAAGAACUCGGACUUCUGUUCCAUCAAGAGAUGCUCUUGCCCACAAUGAAAUGUCUGUGGCCUCAAAUUCAUUAGGUCAAGCUUCAGCACACCAAAAAUAUCAUGCAGAAGACGGCUACGAAGGGUAUGUCAACCAGAAUGCAACAAGAGAUCAAAGGAAUGGAUGUGGAAUUCCUUGGAACUGGUCAAGGAUUCAUCAUAGAGGGAAAUCAUUUCUUGACAUGGCAGGUAAGAGCUUAUCUUGUGGGUUGUCUGACCCAAGGUCAAAAAGAAGUGGUGGUGGUCCAAGAGGGAGGGAUGCUGCUGAUAUGCCAAUAAUGUCCGAAUACUCGAGUUCAUCUAGUAAAUCUGAGGCAGAGGCGUUGCCCUUACUACUUGAUUCUCAGGGCAGUUCAGACCAUCCUGCUUGGGUUCAUGAUUAUUCGGGAGAGUUGGGUAUCUAUGCUGACAAUUUACUAAAACAAGAACUUGACUCGGAUCUUGCUUCAGAAGCUAGAUCAGCUGAACAACGUAAAUUUCGUAGGCGUGGUAAUAGUAGGCACCAGAGUCUAACACAAAAGUAUAUGCCAAGAACUUUCCGGGAUCUGGUAGGACAGAAUUUAGUUGCACAAGCUCUUUCAAAUGCUGCUGUUAACAGAAAGGUUGGCUUGCUUUAUGUUUUCUAUGGGCCUCAUGGAACAGGAAAGACCUCAUGUGCCCGCAUAUUUUCAAGGGCAUUAAAUUGCCAAUCCAUUGAGCAUCCCAAGCCUUGUGGUUUUUGUGAUUCUUGUAGUGCACAUGAUACAGGCAGGAGUCGAAAUAUAAGGGAAAUAGGUCCUGUCAGUAAUUUUGAUUUUGAGAAUAUGAUGGAUCUUCUUGAUAAUAUGAUUGUUUCCAAACUGCCAUCCCAGUAUAGGGUUUUUAUUUUUGAUGAGUGUGACACACUGUCUCCUGAUUGUUGGAGUGCUAUUCUAAAGGUCAUCGAUAGAGCCCCUAGGCGAGUCGUUUUCAUCCUUGUAUCCUCAAGUCUUGAUGUCUUGCCUCAUAUAAUCAUAUCUAGGUGCCAAAAAUUCUUUUUCCCCAAGUUAAAGGAUGCAGAUAUCAUCUAUUCUUUGCAAUGGAUUGCAACCAAGGAAGAUCUUGAAAUCGAUAAGGAUGCACUCAAGCUUAUUGCAUCAAGAUCAGAUGGAUCACUGAGAGAUGCUGAGAUGACUCUUGAGCAAUUGAGUUUGCUUGGCCAGAGAAUCUCUGUCCCUCUUGUCCAGGAGCUGGUUGGACUUAUAUCCGAUGAGAAAUUAGUGGACCUACUUGACUUGGCAUUAUCUGCAGACACUGUCAAUACAGUGAAAAAUUUGAGGGAGAUCAUGGAAUCUGGUGUCGAACCCUUAGCUUUAAUGUCACAACUUGCUACAGUCAUAACUGAUAUACUCGCUGGGAGCUAUGACUUCACAAAAGAAAGGCCUCGGAGGAAGUUCUUUCGACGCCAAGCAAUAUCAAAACAGGAUAUGGAAAAACUGCGUCAAGCUCUAAAAACACUAUCUGAAGCUGAAAAGCAGCUGAGAAUGUCAAAUGACAGACUUACCUGGCUUACAGCUGCAUUGCUGCAACUCGCUCCAGAUCAGCAGUAUAUGUUGCCCAAUUCCUCAGCAGACACUAGUUUUAUUCAAAGUCCACUAGGCUUGAACAAUGAAGGAGGGACGGAAAGACCCAGGAAAAGCAAUGUUAGGGUAGAAAACUUUAAAGCUGGAUGUUCUGGUGAUAUUUACUCUGACUCCAGGAUGAAAGGUGUCUGCAUUGGUGGAAAAGGGCAUAAUGGAGCUGGAGUAUUUACUCAAAAAGCUUAUAGUGUCUCCAGUGAUAAAAAUAGAACAAGCAGUGGUCAGGUUACAGGUAAAUUGCACCGGGAUAUUGAAGAAAUAUGGUUAGAAGUGCUUGAAAAUAUCGAAAUAAAUGGCUUAAAAGAGUUUAUGUAUCGAGAAGGGAAGCUUACCUCAGUCAGCUUUGGAGCAGCUCCAACUGUUCAGUUACUGUUCAGCUCACACCUAACAAAAUCCAAGGUUGAGAAAUUCAGGGGUCAUAUUCUACAAGCUUUUGAGUCUGUUCUUGGGUCCCCAGUGACAAUAGAAAUCAGAUGUGAAUCCGGGAAAGAUGUCAGAGCUGGACCAAUUAUGUUGUCAGCACCUCAUGGAAAUGGGGGAAGAACGGCAGGUCCUGAUGAAAUCAGCAGAGCACAAGUAAAUGAUAGAGAAGGUUUAGCUUUUCCAAAGCUUGACUCAAGAGGAAGACGUGAUAACGAGAUAGUUGAAGAGGAAGCUUCUCCAAGAGAAUUGAAACACAAGGAUCAGAUCGACAGCAAUACACGAUUUGAUAGGCGGAAUUUAGAAAGUGAUUUUCCGGGAGAGACAAUGUCAAUUGCCAAAAAUUCAUCUACCUCCAUUCCUGAACGAAGAAAAUUAGGGGAUAGAAGCCAGAGUUUGAGCCUAGUUAAGAGCAAGGUAUCUCUUGCUCAUGUAAUUCAGCAGGCAGAAGGAGGUACGCAGCCAAGUAGCUGGUCAAAACGCAAGGCUGUUUCUAUCGCUGAAAAGCUUGAACAAGAGAAUUUGAGAUUAGAAGCAAGGUCAAGGAGCUUGCUUUGUUGGAAGGCUAAAAGAGUCACCCGCCGAAAGCUUUCACGAUUGAAAACAAGAAGUAGGAGGUCCAAGAGCUUAAUGAGGUUCGUUUCUUGCGGGAAGUGCCUCUCCAGUAGGUCUCCAAGGUAGCAGUAAAUGUAUCAGAAGUAGGGGCAGAUUUUCAGUUUUAGUUCAUCUAUUUGUUGAAGUCAAUCUUUGUUUAGAGGGUCAAUUUCAUUUUUCCAAUAAUAAAGUCGAAGAUGAGAAAUGGAAGGUGCAACAUUAUUAAUAUAGCUUUUUUUGAGUUUCUAGCAAUUUUCUUUUUAGAUGUCUAAAGUAGUUCUCACGUGCUAGACUAUUCUACAUUUUUUUUAAAAAAAAAUUAUUGGGAACAAGUUCUCUUUUACCAGAUGAGAAA